CCGGUUUAAUUAAACCGGUUGCAAUGGAUAAUCUACUCUGCGACGAGUCAUGGCUCUCGGAUCCUUCAGCUCUGGAGCCUUUAUCAAACUUCCGCUUAAACGUUCACGACGAUCACAUGGAGAUGUCUCCGGCCAUGGAUGCUUCGACGAUAGACGAAGCCAUUUCUAUAGAUUUGGAGAAAGAAUCAUGUUUCAGUUAUCACGGUCACAAGUUUAUUGAGUCUCUUGUUUCUAAGAAGUUAACCGAUGCUAGGUUUCAAACAGUUCAAUGGCUCAUUCAGACUCGGAGUCGGCUUAAUCUUUCAUUUGAAACGCUUUUUUCCGCGGCAAAUUGUUUUGACCGGUUUGUCAAUGUCAUCAGCUGCGACGAAUGGAGUAAAUGGAUGGUGGAAUUAGUCGCAGUAACCUCAUUAUCGGUCGCAUCAAAAUUUAACGACGUUACUUCCCCUUCACUUCAAGAACUUCAAAUGGAAGGGCUAACUCAUAUGUUUCAUCACAAGACCGUUCUUGAGAUGGAACUCAUUCUGUUGAAAGCUCUGGAAUGGCGUGUUAACUCGGUCACGAGUUUAUCUUUUUCUCAAAUUCUAAUGACCAAAGUGAGGAUAGUAGGAGGAGAUAUAAUGAUGAACCGAAUCACAGAACAUCUGUUAGAUGAUUUAUGCGAUUUGAAGAUGCUUGAAUAUGCACCAAGUGUUGUAGCGGUGGCGGCUAUGUGGACUGUCUUAGAAGAGAAAGCAGCUCUAGAAGAGAACUUUGGGAUAAUUAUGAAUCUUUUUAGAGAAGAACACAAGGAGAAUAUUGCGAAAUGUGUCAAUGUUAUGAAAUUUCGAAACGUUGAAAAGGGUUGGGGAAGAAAAGUUACUGAAUUGAAGAGUCUUGUGAGUGUGUUGCAGAGAGGUGACGUGAUGAACAUGAAUGAUGUUUAUCACGGCGGAGAUCUUUCUGCCAUUUUUCAAAUUUUACGUUCCGAAGAAAUCAAUAAGAAGAGAGACAGAGAUUACUACGAAGACAAGAUUCGUCCUGCAAAAAGAAUGACAUUUGUUAUGUCAGAUUGAUUAUCACAUUUAUGAAAAGA